AUGAGCUCUUACUUUGUGAAUGCAACAUUUCAUUCCAAAAUAACAGAAGCAGCUGAUAUUAUUGUUGGCAUCUUCUAUAUCAUAUUUGGCAUAUGCUCCUUUUGUGGGAACAGUAUUCUUCUCUAUAUUUCCUACAAGAAAAAGAACAUAUUGAAACCAGCGGAAUACUUCAUGAUCAACCUGGCCAUCAGUGACCUUGGUAUGACUCUGACCUUGUACCCUCUAGCUGUUACAUCCAGCCUUUCACACAGGUGGUUAUUUGGUCAACACAUUUGCUUGUUCUAUGCAUUUUGCGGGGUAUUUUUUGGAAUCUGCAGUCUGUCUACGCUGACAUUACUGAGUACUGUGUGUUGCCUAAAAAUUUGUUUCCCAGCUUAUGGGAAUAGAUUUAGGCGAGAACAUUGUUGGAUCUUGAUCGCCUGCACUUGGGUCUAUGCAGCCAUUUUUGCCUUUUCCCCACUUGUUCACUGGGGUGAAUAUGGAGCCGAACCUUAUGGGACAGCAUGUUGCAUCGACUGGCACUUAUCAAAUAGAAACAAGACAGCCAUGUCUUACACGGUUGUCCUCUUCGUCUUCUGUUUCAUUAUCCCCUGUGGAAUAAUUGUUAUCUCCUAUACUCUUAUUCUGAUGACUGUGAAAGAAUCCAGAAGAGCGGUGGAACAACAUGUCUUGGGACGGUCCAGGAUGAGCAGUGUGCAGGCUAUUACAGCCAAGCUGAGCAUUGCUGUAUGCAUUGGAUUUUUUGCUGCCUGGAGUCCAUAUGCCGUCAUUGCCAUGUGGGCAGCCUUUGGAUCAAUUGAAAGGAUUCCACCAUUAGCUUUUGCGGUACCAGCUGUAUUUGCUAAGUCUUCAACGCUCUAUAACCCCAUUAUGUACCUUGUUCUGAAGCCCAACUUUCGAAGUGCCAUUGCCAAAGAUUUUACAGUUCUCCAAAAAUUGUGCAUCAAAACUUGCUUUUGCUUCAAAUGUGUACAGAACUGCAUGUAUAGGUCAGUUCUUGAGGUCCCCUUGAAAUCAUGUAAAGGAAGAAAUGAGUCCAGCAGUAACUCUGUGCAGACAGUGGAAGGCUGUUCUUAUUUUCCUUGUGAAAAGUGCAAUGAUCCCUUCGAAUGCUUUAAAAACUAUCCAAAGUGCUGUCAGGAGAGAUUAAAUACUAUGGAACACACUCCUCAAGAAAGCAUAUCCCUAGAAAAUAAAGUUCAAUCAAAAUAUGCUUCUGAAAAAUAUGUAACAGUUGUUAUCCGAGGACAAAGAAGCACUGAAACAGAUGCCUUGGAAGUUACAUUAGAAAACAUACCCACAGGUGCUAUAUUUGCCAAUCUUUAGGGUAUGCUUAAUCAAAUGCUCUGGGCAAUAAUUAGAUUGCACCAGACUUAAUGAAUGUAAACAUUUUCUAACCAAUAUCUUAUUUUAUACAGUUAUUUUUAUUUCCUUAUUGUUCAUGGGAUAAUGAAGAA